AAUUUGAGUGAAUGGACAUUCAGUUGGGUGGGCGGUGGAAUCGCAAUUCCAUUCAGCCAUUUUUUCAUUUUGUCCAUCCUGUCCCUGAGGUCCCGAGAGUGAUUCGAGGAGAGAAACACCCUACGCCUCCCAUCGCCGUCGCGACCACCGAAGCUCCGAUCGCCGUCUCGACCACCCGAGCUCCCAUCGCCGUCGCGACCCGAGCCGUGCGUCCGCCGAUCGAUUCUCGCCUUCUCCCUUCCUUUUCGGCCUUCCUCCACUCUGUUUCUUGGCUUGUUCGAGCCGUUCGUUUCCGUUCGAUUCUCGCGACCCGAGCUCGUUCGAGAAGCCGUAGAUCUGGUUGUAGCUUCACCGGCGGCUGUAUUUCCGGCACGGUCAGUUUGCGGUUGAUUCCGGCAAGAACUAGGCGAAUUCACGGCUCUUUUUCUCCUGCGGUUGAUUUUGCUCCUCAGUCAAGGAAAGGGAAAAAAAUGCAACAAGAGAAGGAUGUUGAUCAUGAUACUCAGAAACCUCUAGAGAAGAGGCCUGGCAUUAUCUUUGUCGGCUCUCCCAACGUCGGCAAGCGCACUCUCCUCUCACGAUUAAUCUCCGUUGAUUUUGAUGAAACGUCUGAAUCAACAUCCGAAGAUGUAUUUCAUGGCUGGACUAUCGACACAAAAUACUACACCGCUGAUGUUUCUAUAUGCGUCGCUCAUUUUCAUGAAGGAUUCUCCAUUACCCUUCCAACAUAUACUCAGCUUGCAGCCCUUGUCAUGGUCUUUGACAUGAAUGAUCCAUCAUCUCUUAUUGCCCUACAAGAUUGGGUAUCUCAUAACGACCUUCAAAGGUUUGAGAUUUUGUUGUGCAUAGGGAACAAAGUGGAUCUUGUUCCAGGUCAUCCAGUUCAUUCUGAAUACAAAAGACGCCUAUUGAAAGUAGAAGACUCGUUUGCCGACUCUCGUUUGGAGUUUGUCGACUACGGAAUUUCUGAAACAGAGGGAAGCAGUUUUUUAGGGAAUGAGGAACCCUCAUUAGAGAUUAGAAGGUCAUGUUUGGAGUGGUGCGCUGAGAAUAACAUCGAGUUUAUUGAAUCAUGUGCUUGCAACGCUGCUUUUGACAAAUGUUUGUCUGCUGAUGGUGAUUCACAAGGAGUUGAACGUCUCUUUGGUGCUCUCGCUGCUCAUAUGUGGCCCGGGAUGAUUCUUAAGUUAGGAGAUAAGAUUGCUGAACCAUCAUUACCUGAAAGAGAAGAUUUGUCUGAAGAAGAAUCUGAAUAUGAACUUGAGUACGAAAUUCUAUCUUCGGGUUCAGCUGAACCAUGGGAUGACACAGAUAACAGAUGGAUUUCUGCAACUGGUACUGUUUCCACUUCAAAUGCAGAGGUAUCAGUUUCUCAAGGUAACCCCAACUCAAAUGGCAAUCUGGAGAAUUUAAACAUAUUCAGCGGAAAGGAGACGCCCCCUUCAACAUCAACGGCUGCAUUACACGAGGACAAAGACGAGGGAGUGGCACAAUAUGUAGAAGAACCCAGUGGAGUUGCGAAAGCUGGUGAGAGUUUACAUUUUGAUUUCGAUGAGUUGGAACACUUGAUGUCAGAGAUAGGUAACAUGCGGGAGAGUUUGAGGCUGAUGCCCGAUUUUCAGAGGAGAGAAAUGGCUGCAAAUCUUGCAUUGAAAAUGGCUGCCAUGUUCGGCGGAGGCAGUGAUGAUGAAGAGGAAGCUUGAUGCAAUCGAUACUUGGCAUGCUGUUAUAGGGAUGAUCAGUAGUUUGGAGAUUGGUCAUGGCUUUUUUCCUUUUCUUGUACUUGUUCAUGAGUUUAUGUUGAGGAAGGUGUUAGUCUUAGUUUCACUCGUAUAUCAAUUCCAAUGGUCGACACUAUGUCCGAGCCAUUAUUCUCCAUCUCGUCAUAUAGUUAUAGUUUGUGCUUCUGGAAAUUCGACUUUUACUUAUUGCAUAAGUACAAAUUAAAAGUGGAGAAAUAUAGUUUUUAAGUAACUGUUAUGGUUCCU